UGACAAUUUAGUCGUCGGUCGUAUUGAGAUUUGGACAGUUCGCUUUAGCGUUGGGUUAUGUUAAUUUUCAUACAAAGCAGAUUAAAGUAGUUCUGUUCAUUAGCUGUAAUUUUAAAAUCGUACACGAUGAGUAGAAAACCCAUCGGCCUUAUCCUGUGUGGUCUUGGAAGAAUGGGCUUGAUACAUUUGGAUAAUGUCAUACACAAUCCAAAUGUUGAACUUCUCUACGUGGUUGAAUCUAACCUCAGUCAUGCAAAUCAAGUUUUGACCAAGAAUAAUCUAAAUAAUGUCACAGUGGUUCAUUGUGAUGAAAUUGAAAAAGCUUUCACUGACCCUCUUGUUGAAGGAGUGAUAAUAUGUACUCCUACUGACAAGCAUGAGCCGUACCUAAAGUUGGCUUUAAAAACUGGGAAGCAUAUUCUUUGCGAGAAACCGAUUGCUAUCGGCCUGGAUACUGUGAUGAGUUGUUAUAGAGAAGCAAAAGAUAAAGGCUUGGUUCUGUUGUGUGCGUUUAACAGGCGUUUUGACCCUCAGUUGUACAAAAUGCGCGAACAGCGACACACAGUUGGCCCGAUUCAUAGCGUUAAAAUUUGUUCAAGAGAUUCACCAAGACCUUCUAUAGAUUAUCUCAAAAUCUCAGGUGGGAUCUUCCAUGAUUGCUUGAUCCAUGACUUGGACAUGCUACGUUGGAUAUUAGAAGAAGACCCUGUAACUGUGUAUACCACAGCUCAUACAUUUGACCCUGAAAUCAAAGCUUUGGAUGAUUACGACACCGUGUUUGUUGUGUUGAAGUUUCCAUGUGGGGUGAUUGCUCAUAUAGAUGCAUCGCGUCAUUGUGUGUUCGGGUACGAUCAAACUGUUCAGAUUUAUGGUGAAAAAGGAAACAUCAUAAGCGAUAAUCCUCUUAAGUCGGGCCUUAUAAGAAACGGAGGGGCGGAACGAGAUGAAAUAUUUUAUUCAUUUCCCACAAGAUAUGCAGCGGCUUACCAGGAAGAAUUGAAACAUUUUGUUGAUUUAAUUAAAGGUACAACAUCAGUUAGUCGUGUAAAACCAAGCGACACGCUGCGUGCGACUUAUUUGUGCGAAGCUGUUGAAGAAUCUUGCAGGACUGGUAAAGUUAUAAAUGUGCCAAGCUUCUUUCAAAACUUGUUCAAGGGCAAGACUGAUGAUCCUUUACUCAAUGAGUAAAUGCUCCCCACAAAUCAAAUGCAGUUGUAGCUCACACUAAUUAUGCUACAGAGAUGGCUCUAUUUUGUAACAAUUUUUUACCAACUGCUAAGAUUUGCUGCAACAUUAGAUGUACUAUGCUGUGGUAUAAACCACAACUGUAGAUGCAGCAAGUAAUUUACCAGCGUUGUGAGUUGCUGAUGCAGUAAUUUUAUAUUUGGGUUUCUUUUGUAUGCAGACUAACUACACGUAUGACUUCAAUAGCAAAUAAAACUUCAUAGGCAAUGCAAAA